CUUCAGGAUGGCCGAAUGCUCUUGUCCUCUGCCACAGAGUCCUUCUGGCAUGACAGAUCCCACUUCUGACAUCAAGAAUGUGGUGGAAAUUCCUUAUCACACAGCUAGAGAAACCACUCAAGAAUUGAUAAAGUUUCAACUUUAUCUUUCAAGUGUUUUAUUUGAAGGCAGUCAAAGGACUUUGAAUCCAACAGAGUCAGGAAAAGCAGAGCAACAUCUAACAGAUACGUCCAUUUUUAAUACACUUCUGUCAUCAGAGAGUACAUUCCAUACAAGAACACUGUUCUGGACAGAGAAGCAGAAGUGGCAACAUCAGCCGGUUUGGUCCGGUUCUAAUCGGUUCUUAUGACAAACAAAGUGAAGGUAUAUAAAGUCUGUGUUUCCAUCUCUGAGACAUCCUGUGACCAGAAACUGCUGCUGGAACAGACUCUUCAACUAACCAUCAAAACAAGAUGGCUGCCGGUCUUGUCUUCACUCUGCUUCUUGGUCUGAGCUUUGGACUCUGGGAUGGAGCUGAUGCCGGAUGUCGACUGAGAGCUCCAACAGCACUUGACUGCCCUGCAGGCUGGAGUUGGUUCGACCGUCGCUGUUUCUUGGUUGUGAAUUUUCAAUUACCCUGGGUUUUAGCUGAGCAACAUUGCCUCCAAUUGGAUUCACAUCUGGCCUCAUACCACAGUACAGGGGAGUACAACUUCAUCAGACAGGUUAUCCACCAAAAAACUGAAAGUCACACAACAACUUGGGUUGGCGGUUAUGAUUCAGCACAGGAAGGCAAGUGGUUUUGGACUGACGGUUCCAAGUUUUGGUUUUCUAACUGGAGCCCCAAUCAGCCAAAGAAUGAUGGUGGAGUCGAACACUGCAUGAUCAUCAACUUACGUGGAGUAGAGUUUGUGGGUGAUGCUGACUGUGAUAACAAGCUUGCCUUCAUCUGUGCCAGACCCCUAUAACCUUCUCAUGCCUUUUAAUCUGAAAUGCCCAUAUGGCUUUCCUGCUGGUGAUGUCACUUCCA